AUGCGGUCUUUCACUUUCGCAAACUCGCUCAGCGCUGGCUCGCUGUGCCUCGCUCUCCUCACCUCACCCGUUGCGGCCGCGACCGACAAAUAUCAGCUGGUGGAGAAUUGGCACGGCGAUACCUUCCUGGACUACUUCAACUUCCAUGUCGGAGGAGACCCCACCAAGGGUUUCGUACAGUAUGUGGAUGAACAGAGCGCCCGGGACGCAGGUCUUCUCCGGGUGACGGAGACCGGCAGUGUCUAUAUCGGUGUGGACUACAAGACAACCUUGAAGCCCACCGACAAAGGCCGCGAGUCGGUCCGUAUCGGCACCAAGAAGUUCUACGAUCAUUCCUUGGUAAUUGCCGAUCUCGCCCACAUGCCCGCCAGCACCUGCGGUACAUGGCCGGCCUUCUGGUCGGUGGGCCAGAACUGGCCCCAUGACGGUGAGAUUGACAUUAUCGAAGGUGUCAACAUGCAGGCUCACAACGAGAUUGUCAUGCAUACCGCAGGAACAUGUAGCAUCACGGAUGCUGGAAUGACAGGCUCUGUGAAUGCUACGGGAUGUGGUGAGGAUCUGGGAACGGUGGGUUGCAAGGUUGAGGGCCACGAGGGCAGCUAUGGCACAUCCUUCAACAAACAGGGCGGUGGUGUCUAUGCGAUGGAGUGGACUGAGACGUUUGUGAAGAUCUGGUUCUUCCCUCGGGCCUCGAUCCCUUCCUCCAUCACAAGCGGACAGCCCGAUACCACCGAGUUUGGUACCCCUAUGGCCUUGGUUCAGGAAGGAUGUGAUGUCGCCAGCAGCUUCAAGGCUCAGUCAUUCACCUUCGAUACAACUUUCUGUGGCGAAUGGGCUGGUGGCGUCUACGGUCAGUCCGGUUGCCCAAUGUCCGGCUCCGAUUCCAUCUCCAGCUGUGUCAACUACGUUGCUCAAAACCCCGCUGCAUUUGAGCAGUCCUAUUGGGAGAUCAACUCAGUCAAGAUCUACCAGACGGGCGUUGCUGCCAAUGCCGUUCUCCAGCCCGUGCCUACUCUGAGCUCCGCUCACUCCACCGUUCAGGUGGCCACCAUCCACUCGGCUGCUACUCACACCACCGAAGCCCUCCAAGCUGCCCACACCACCCAGGCUGCCCCUGUUCCCGAGGUACCGCAAACCACUCAAGCCGUUGCUAGCGCUGCCAGCGCUUCUCACGCCACUGCUGCCGCCUCUGGGGAGACAGCCUAUCGUUCCGCUCCCGGUUCCGCUGUCGAGACUCUUGCCGGUCAAGAUUCCAACUCUGCUCCCACAAAGACUGCUGCCGCCGAAGCCAACCAGCCCGCUACGACAGCAGGCACUGUCGGUCAGCUGGGUGGGAAUGAUUCGUCUGUUGGCGAGCAGCCCGCAAAGCAGUUCAUCACCAAGUUUGUGACUUCCACAACGACUCUUUGCCCUAUCGCCGAGGCUUCUGCUUCUGCUGCGCAAGCUGCCAUACACAGUGCCGCUUCAGGCGUACCUGGUCCCUCUAACAAUGCCGCCCACGUUCCUGUGACUGUCCCCGUCGAGCCGACCCAUGUCAACCCCGAAACCCAGACCGCCGCGGUGGUGACCAUUAUGUCCAUACCCUCAGCAAUCCACUCUUCCAGCGCGCAGGUCCCCGGUACCAUGGCCACCGGAGCUCCCAAUGCCGCUGAUGCCAUUUCCGCCAGUGCGUUUGGUUACAGUUCAAAGUCGGACCGACCUCUGCCAACAAUCAUUCCUGCUCCUGGUGUGUCGAUCAGCCCCAUCAGCUCCGCACAUGUGGUCGUUGCCUCCCACACUCAACCUGCCCCCGUGGCAAUUGCUACAGCCAGCAAUGUCGACGCUGCUGCUGCCAGCUCUCUCUCAAGUUCAUCCACUGCUGCUGCGCCUGUCUUCACGCCGUUCACCGGCGCUGCAGGCAGCACAUCAGUCCAGCUUUUGAGUGUGAUUGCGGCAUUCAUGCUAGCCAUGAUUGUCUAUUGA